GGGAAAUUUGACGUCACAAUGCUAUACGAGAGAAAGAUGGGGAGUAGGCAGUAAAGGAGGCCGAUUUUAUGUUUGUUUUUGUUGCUUCCCCCCGAAAUAUUUACUUAUGGAAUAUAUAUGAAUAUCGAAGACCACAUCGAGAUGGCUAAAUAUCGAUGUAGUUAUUGCCAAAGUGAUAUUUCGGGGUACAGAGCGCAGUGUGCUGAAUGUUUCGACAUUGACCUUUGUUUACAGUGUUUUUCAUGCGGUGCAGAACUCGGGACACAUAAAAGGGACCACAGUUACAAAAUUUUUAAUGAUAGCCCUGUCGGUGCAUUUGACAUAACCAAGGCAUGGAGUCUAGCGGAGGAGACCAUGCUGCUAGAUGCAGUGGAACAAUAUGGAUUUGGAAACUGGGAUGACGUAGCCAGCCAUGUGGAAUCUCGGUCAGCAGAAGAGUGUCAAGAUCAUUAUGUGACUUUUUAUGUCAAUGGAAGUAUUGGAAGGGAAACCAUAGUGCUGACUAAGAGCCCAGUCAAAGACCACUCUUGCCCAGAGGGAGGUCCCCUGUCCCCCAGUAUAACCACCCCCAUCAGCCCCAUCGAACUCAGCAUCCAGGAGCAGCAUGAUUUGGGAUAUAUGCCGUUCAGGGACGAUUUUGAAAGAGAACACGAUAAUGAAGCAGAAACUGUGAUAAGUAGUUUGGCCAACAACUAUGAUGAUGAUGAAUUAGACAUAGCUGUAAAGUUGGUUCAGGUGGACAGAUACAGAACGCGAUUAAAAGAACGAGAACGAAGAAAACGCAUCGCCCGGGAAUACAACCUGAUUCAAGCUGCCGCAUCACUCAUUAAACCCAAAUCUCAAACCCCCAAAAAACGCACAUCAAAAGAUGAAAAAGAAUUCCAAGAGAAGAUGAAAGUAUAUGCUCAGUUCCAAUCCUCAGCCGAGCAUGAAGAAUUUCUAGAGAAAUGUCAAGAAGAGAAAGAGCUGAAGGCUAGAAUCACUGAACUUUGGAAAUACAGAGAGAGUGGAAUUACCAAAAUGGAUGAAGUGGAUGAUUAUGAAGAUGAACUUUACAAGCGAGAGAAAAAGAGAGAAAAUAAGAAGAAAUUGGGCAGUUCCUCCCCAAUAAAGAGGGUGUCAAUGGUCUCAAAAAAAGCCGCCGGCGGUAUCGAAGAAAAAUUAGAUAUACUCAUCGACGACGAAGGGCUAAAAGAUGAAGGGGAUGAAAAUGAGAUGAAGGACAUGUCCAUACUGCCAAGUUAUGGCAUGCUUUCAGAGCGAGAGAAGAAGCUCUGUAAUUCCAUUGGGAUGACCCCCGCCAACUAUAUGACCAUCAAGACCUGUAUAAUCAAGGAUUACCUACAGCGUCGUCAAGGUAUACCAGUAAAGAUCCGCUACCCCAGUGGGCUGGAUAAAACCCACCGGCGGAAAAUCAUGAGCUUCCUGACAGACAAUGGGUGGAUAAUGGCGGUGUGAGGAUAGGACCACAUCA